AGAAGAUGUAUGAAGUAAAAAAAGAGAUGGAAGCGAUGGAUAAAAAGUUGUUAGAAGCGAAAGAGGAAGCAAAAGAGAAUAACGAAGUGAUGGAGAGAAAAUUAUCGGAAGCAAAAAUGGAUAUGGAAGAAAUUAUAGCGGAUAAAGUGAAGGAAGGAAUACAAGCAUAUGUAGAGUCUUUGGGAAUUAAUAUUGAUGCAAAUUUAAAAUCAGAGCAGGUUCCUGAUAACCCACUUGAAGAUUGUCAACAACCAUCAUCACUUGUUCCAGGUGUUCACACAAGAAAGGCUAACAUGAUCAAGAAGACUGGAACUAGCGUAGUUGGCACAAAUAAAAAGAAGUGGGUAUGUUUGAAAAAAACUACAAGAUCUUUCUUUUCUUUCAAAAGGAGGAAAAUUUCAUGUAUAUAAUUACUGCUUUUGCAUCAAUUUCUUAAUAUUUUUGUUUUUAGAAAAAUUCAAUUAGUCAUUUUU